AUGUCUCGCAUUACUACUCUGACGACAAAAGUCUCCUCAACAACAGCAACUAAAACCACAACCACAAAGACAACCACCAGUGCUAGUGCGACUGGAUUCCCGACUACAAAUGGACUGGAAUUUGAAAUUGAUGGAAAGACGAGCUACUUUGCCGGCUCCAACUCCUACUGGAUUGGCUUCCUCACUAAUAAUGACGAUGUGGAUCUUGUGUUCGACCACAUGGAUGAAUCUGGACUCCGAAUUCUUCGAGUUUGGGGAUUCAACGAUGUCAACACUGUUCCAUCUCCUGGAACUGUCUAUUACCAACUCCUCAAGGAUGGAACUGCUACCAUUAACACCGGCGCAGAUGGUCUACAGCGCCUGGACUAUGUGGUUGCCUCUGCCGAAGCACGGAAUGUGAAACUGAUCAUCAACUUUGUCAACAACUGGUCGGAUUAUGGUGGUAUGGCGGCCUAUGUCACUGCUUUUGGUGGAACUCAGACAAGUUGGUAUACAAACACUGCAGCUCAAACGGCCUACCGUACCUAUAUCAAAGCUGUUGUUUCCCGAUAUAUUGACUCGCCCGCCGUCUUCGCAUGGGAGUUGGCCAACGAGCCCCGCUGCAAGGGCUGUGACACCUCGGUUCUUUACAACUGGAUCAAGUCUACCAGUGCCUAUAUCAAGUCUCUGGACUCAAAACAUAUGGUUGCUAUUGGUGAUGAGGGCUUUGGACUGGAGACCGGCUCUGAUGGCAGCUAUCCCUACGGUUAUAGCGAGGGCCUCAACUUCACGAUGAAUCUAGGCAUUGAUACCAUCGACUUUGCUACAUUCCAUCUCUACCCGUCCAGCUGGGGAACCACCAAUGAUUGGGGCAACGGUUGGGCCAUAUCCCACGGAGCUGCCUGUGUAGCAGCUGGCAAGCCAUGUCUCUUUGAAGAGUACGGUGUCACCGCUGAUCACUGUGCCAUUGAGGCUCCAUGGCAGAAGACAGCACUGGACACCACUGGAGUUGCAGCCGAUCUCUACUGGCAGUAUGGAGACAUGCUGAGCACUGGAAAAUCCGCCGAUGAUGGAAAUACAUUCUACUAUGGAACUAGCGAAUUUACCUGUCUAGUGACGGACCACAUCACAGAUAUCAACUCCUAG